AUGGACUCGAUAGACUACACUUUUCAUAAUGAACAAGAUAUAAUAACUGCAUCAUCUCCUAUUCAUGAACACGGUAUAGCAACUACUUCCUCCAUUAUUCAUGAACAAGAAAUUGAAAUUGAAUCCAGUACAUCUUCUAAUGUACAUACAAAAAGUAAAGUUUGGGAUUAUUUUACUAAGCCAUAUGGUCCACCAAAAGUCGCAAAACAAAAUGUCAUGAAUUAUCAUUUGUCUCAUAGACAUAGAAUUGACGUGUGUACUAAUUUAAGUCAAGUGAAAAGACAAUCGCUACAAAUUCCAAGUCAUAAAUUAUCUGUGAAUGAAAAUAGUUUAUUACAAUCUAGUACAAUUUCCCUUGCAAUUAAGAAAAUAGGGGAAAGAAUGGGUGAAUAUGAAGAAUCUAUUCCAGAUUAUAGUAGAGCUAUAGAAAUUGAACCUAAUAAUGUAAAUGCAUUGAUAAGUGGGGGAGAAGCUUAUGGCAUGAUAGAAGAAUAUGAAGAAUCUAUUGCAGAUUUAAGUAGAGCGUUAGAAAUUGAACCUAAUAAUAUAGAUGCAUUUAUUAUUGUAGAAAUUGAACCUGAUAAUGUAGAUGCAUUGAAAAAUUAUAGUAAAGCUAUAGAAAAUGAACCUGAUUAUGUAGACGCGUCGAUACUUAAGGGAGAAGCUUAUAAAAGAAUGGAAGCUUAUAAAGAAAUGAGAAAAUAUGAAGAAUCUAUCGUAGAUUUAAGUAGAGCUUUAGAACUUGAACCAGAAGACACAGAAACAUUACAAAUUCUUGAAGAAAUUUAA